AAGUUUCAUGUUCAAAAGCCAGCAAGUGCAGGGAGAGAGAAGCAUCAGAAAAAAGCAGUGUGGGGAAGAGGAGGAAGCAAGGAGAAAGGGGCAGCUGUCAGGGCAAGAAAGUGGGAGACAGAGAAGAGAAAAGGCAAAAGGAGACAGUGACAGUCUUGUGUCAAAAGAGGAAGGUCAAGGAUAGACAGGCUGCAGAAUGGCAUUGCUCCUGUGGCUGGGGUCCCAGCUGUCAUCAGUCUGGAGCAACUUCUCUAUACUGGGAAUUUUUCUUGCAGUGUUUACUGUCCUGCUUGACUUGAUGAAGCGCAGAAAGAAGUGGAGCCAUUACCCGCCAGGCCCAGCCUCGCUGCCGUUCAUCGGGACCAUGCUCUCCAUUGACUUCCACAAACCCUAUCACUCCUUCAGCCAGCUUCAGAAGAAGUUUGGAAACAUCUUCAGUCUCCAAAACUGCUGGACCAACGUGGUAGUGCUGAAUGGCUAUAAAACAGUGAAGGAAGCCCUGGUCCACAACUCGGAGGUCUUUGCUGACCGGCCACCCUUUCCAGUAUAUGAACAUAUGGGCUAUGGAGAGAACUCUGAAGGGGUUGUUGUUGCAAGAUACGGGCACGUCUGGAAGGAGCUAAGGAGAUUCACGCUCACUACGCUGAGGAACUUUGGGAUGGGAAAGAAAUCCCUGGAGGAGCGAGUGGUAGAGGAAGCUGGAUUUCUUUGCUCUGCCAUCAAGUCUGAAGAAGGUAAAACUUUUGACAUACGUGUUCUUCUAAAUAAUGCUGUCUGCAACAUGAUCUGCCACAUUGUCUUUGGAGACCGUUUUGACUAUGGUGACGAGACAUUCAACAAGCUCUCACAGUUAUUCCAAAAUUCCUUGAAUGAAGAAGGUGGAUUCCUGCCUCAGUUUCUCAAUGUGGUGCCCAUUCUGCUGCGCAUCCCUGGAGUGCCACAGAGAGCCUUUCGAGCACAAAGUGAGUUAAUGGACUUCAUAGAUGUGAUCAUACAGAAGCAUAUGAAGACCUAUGACCCUGCUUACACCCGAGAUAUCACCGAUGUGUUUUUAAAGGAAAUGGAGAAGGGUAAGGCAGCUGAAGAGAAUGGUUUCCACUACAAAAACCUUCGUCUGGUGGCCAUGGACUUGUUUACAGCUGGUUCUGAGACCACCUCCACCACUCUGCGGUGGGCAUUGCUGUAUAUGCUUCUCCACCCAGAAAUACAGAGUAAGUCAGAAACUUACUUUCAGAAGUGUAGAAUCUUCUCUUCAAGAUUAAUUUUUCCACGAGGAUUUCACAAUGAGGAACAGCAAUCCAUGGUUUCGCAAUGAGGAGUAGCUCUGGUG